AUGGUGCAUCGUAGUUUCACAGCCGUAGAACCAGAUGUGCAUGCUGCAGUAGCACCAGACAACACACCACAAGCACCACAGUUUCGUCAAAAUUUUGUUCCGCAACCGCACUUCGAGCCAGGGCAACAAGGAGGAGGAGGUCCGUUCCAAGGAGGAGCACAGGAGCAGUUCCCUCAGCAGAGGCAGGAGCCGUUCCCACAACAGCUGCGGGAACAGUCCUUCCCACAACAGCAAUUCCCACCUCAACCUCCCCAGCCAAGACGCGAAAAUAUGCAAGGAGACUCCUUCCAACGUCCCCAAGUCAUUCAGGCACCACUCUCAGGACCUGUCCAGCAGAUAUUCAGGCAGCCUACGCCGAUUCUCCCACGUACCCGACCCAUGGGACGGCAAGUUCUUCGACGUAGACAUAGGAUCCAAAACCAACUGCGACCUCAGGAUAGGCAACAGAUCGUCCAGGCACAGUUUGUACCUCCUCAGGAGCAGAACAAUCUGCGACAACCGGUGCAACCACAGCGAAACUUUGUUUCUCAACCGCAGCCUUUCCAACAGAAUCUGGCACUCCAGAACCAGCCAUUGAGACCAGAACACUUCACUCAGCCUCCACCUGCACCCGUUCAACAAAACUUUAGGCCGCCAGUUCAGCCGUUCAGGCAACCGGAGUUCACCCAACCACCACCGGUAAUCGAGCAGACCACCCAGGAAAGAUUUACCCAACCCCCACCAACGCCGACUCGGCAAGAGUUCACCCAGCCUCCGGUAGUGCCUGUUCAGCAGCAGUUCAGGCAACCUGAGUUCACCCAACCACCAUCAGUGAUUCAGCAGACCACCCAGGAGCGAUUUACGCAACCUCCACCAUCGCCUACUCGGCAAGUGUUCACCCAACCUCCGGUAGUGCCUGCUCAGCAGCAAUUUAGGGAACCCGAACAAACGGAACCUGUUCAGGAGCAGUUCACCCAGCCACCACCGGUAACUUUUCAGGAACGGUUUACCCAGCCGCCAGUAGUGCCUACUCAGGCUCCCUUCCAACCUCAGAUUGUGCAGCAAAGGCAACCCCAGAAUUUCCCUGAGCCACCACCGAUGCCUGACCAGGAAUUUAACCCCGUCCCGGAACAAACAUUCCAACAACCGCAGCCGCUUGUGCAGCGACCGUUUGUGCAGUUUGAACUGCCGGCUCCUACCACGAUCAGGACAACUGUUCCUACCACAACCACUACCACUACCACUCCAGCUCCUACGACUACGAUAUUUACCACAACAGUUACAGAAGAGCCUCCUCAGGAAGAGAGGAUGGAAGUUCCACAAGUGGAGGAGUGA